AUGAAGUCCAACUCCAUCUCCGACGGUAACGACGUCUUCAGCAACGACCCCUUCUUGUCGUUGGACACGGAUCUGGAUGAUGUUAGUGGUGAGUUUGGAAUUGUGAUUAUUGUGGUUGAAACUUUUAGUUUUUUCUUUUAUAGUAUUAUAUAAGCAGUAUUAAAAAAGUAAUUGUGCUUCAAACCAAAAUUUUUAAAUUUUGCUUUUUUAACUUAAAAAUCGAAUUUUUAAUGGUCCUUACAGUAUAAUAAAUAUUUCUCUUGAAGCAAUUUGAAAUUUUGAAAUUUGUUGACAAAAGCUUUCAAAACUUGUUAUCCAAUCUUCAUCUUUGAAUAACACGUAUCAAUAAGUUUGUAAUGUUUUAGAGGUGAUCAAGAGCAUAAGUACAGAAUCUCGAGGUUUGUUCGAAGGCAGUAGAACACCAUCACCACAAUACAUGAAGGACACCGACGUUUAUGCCCAGCCGUCGUACGCUACAUCGUAUCAUAGUGGAUACAACGAGGAGAUGUACGAUGUAAGUGGUUUCUUAUAUUAUUCUUAUUACGAUCUAAUAUACGAGGUGAAUAUUGAAAUUUGGCGUCACUUUAGCCUUAAAUGACUAUUUUUAUUUUGUUUAUAUUGCCAAUGUUUCCUUUUUUAUUGUUUAUAUGUCUCUGUUAUGAAAUGUUAUUUGUCUGUGACUUUACUGCUAGUUACCCACAUUUACUAGCUAUUUUAAGCCACUUACAGAGUUAGAAUCGUAUCUUUGUGAACCGUGUGAACUUGUAAUUUGUGUUUCUUUAACUAUUUACUCGAGGCGUUGUAAUUUCCAACAAAGCAAAGAGGGAGGACCGCAUUACUGUUAUCAGUGCGGUCGGAGAGGAGGAUCACCGCCUUUCCGUCCGUAUAAAUUGAAGCCCAGAUAUUGUGUUCGAUUCUAUUCUCACGGUAUUGUGUUGCUUAUAGUUACAGUCAUACUAUUCAGUACUAGGCUAUAUAUAGAUUAAGUUUGGUGUAGUAGCUAGCCAUUAACAGACAAAUUACUGAUUUUAAUCAAUUAGUAAUUUUGUAUUACACUAACCUUUAGGCUGUUUUACUUAAAUAGCCUUUUCAAAGUGCAAGAUUUUUUGGCAAACAUUUACAAUUACCACAGCAGCUAUAGUCGUACAAUUCUACAUCUUCUACACGGUUUCCGUUACUAUUGUUUAUUUGAUCUAAUACUUUAUUUGAACACUUAUUAAGCGUAUAGCCAACUCUAAAGCCAUUAGGUCAACUCAAACUUCAUUCACUAUAAUUGAUACACCAUCAUGUCCGUGUUAUUCCAGCCAAUCCAACAACAACACCAAUUCCACCAUCUACCCCCAUCCAACGACCAAUACGACCCGACCAAAGCCCGAGAGAUCGGUCAAAUCAUGAUGCAUCUACAAGAUCAACCAACAUAUCAACCAUACGACAACAUACCUCAACAACAACGUAACCCCUACGCGAUGCGACAGUCGACCAGUCAAACAAACGCUCAGCCCUACUUUAAUGGUAAACAAGAGGUCUAUGUUCAGAUGAUAGACGACCACCAGCAGAACCGACCAGUUGGCUACAGUGAAGAGAAAAUGGACUUUGAAGCCCCAAGAGAGAAUUCUGGAUUCAUGGGUUACGCGAGUGACGGUGCUUACGAUUACUCGACAUACGAUAGGCCUCAUAACUCUGAAUAUGUAGCUGGGUUCGGCAAAACGGUAAGAUAUUUUAAAGUAGUAAUCAGUGUUUUGUCAGCUAUUUAUAGUUACUUGAUGAAAAAGAUCUAUUUAAUUCUGACAAAAAUAUUUAAAGCUACAUUUAUCUCUUACUGUGUAAUUAGAAACAUGCUAUCUCAAUUUCUAAUUUUUAGCCCAACAACCCAAGAACAAACCGAACGUAUUCGCAAUCUCAAGAUAACAUUACUAUGUCAGCGUAUACCCAACAACACGACGCUCAGCCAUCUACAUCAACUAAACAUGAGCUUAUCAAAAUGCUACUGGAAAUGACUCCAGAUGAUGUGAGUUUUCAAACUUUACAAGGCAAACAGUCAAUUUUAAAACGUUUCAAACGUUCUUUAAAUCUAAUAUGAGUUGUCGGUUUAUCUUAAUCCAAUGUAUAUGCUUUAUGUCUUGUUUUAUUAAUCAAAAGUAUUUAUUUAGUUUAUAAAGUGCAUAUUUUAGAUUGAAAACCUUCGAAAACAAAAGUCGAAUCACUCCGGAAGUCCGCAGAGUUCUUUGGUCGAUAUUUCCGUCAAGCCUCACGAACCUAUUUCUCCAACUCCAGCUGAUCCAAUCCGGAAGUCUAGCCACCAAAACCUUAGCCAAGUGGCCACAACUUCAAGUUUCUACCUUAGCCCAAGUUCAGGCGAAAAUGUAAGUUUUUGAAAUUUUAAAAAUAACAACAUCUUUGAAAAGCUUUCCUCAGGAGGUUGUCGUCUAGCUAUUUCGAUAAAGGCUAGACUGUACUUUUAGUUUUUGAAAUUUAACUAAGAUUACACUUGAUAAGACGCUUUAUAUUGGGUGGUCAAAAGAUGAUACCGCUGAUAAUAUAUAUAGGUAUAAUUAGGAGUUAAGGUAUAUCAUAAUAACUAUUAAGUACCUGAGCUACAUACUAACUAUAGUAGGCUGUCUUGCUUAUUAUAGUUACUUCACUAUAUAUCAGCCUAGUACUACUGUGUCUUAUAGAUAAAGCUAUGUUACUUCAAUUUGAAAGAGCCUUCAAACGAGAUCGAAGCUUUUUUAAAUUUUACAGCACUUUAUCUUAUAGUACAUCGAAAGCAACAUUAUCCGAUGGCAAUAAAACAGUGUACUUUAAGUGUACAUUUCGAACUUUGUCCGCAAACAAUAGAAUUUUGGGCAAACAAAACGUAAAAGUAAUCACUGUAACUGAUAACAGCCUGUUUGCAAACCCAGAAUGACAGACGAAAGGUUUUACGAUAGUCAUGCUUACAGUUUGAUAGCGACUUAAUAGUAAUGCGUUAUUGUAAACAAGUUGAUAUAGGUGUUUGUCGAUUUGAAAUGACUAGAAUGCUUCAGAAAGACAGAGCAAAAGAAAGAAUAUAUAAGCUUAUAUGUAAGAUAAUAUCAAUAUAAAACUAAAAUGUUAAAGAAUAUUGCGAUUAAUUUAGGAAAACAUCUAAUUGUACCUAUUUCAGCUAUCAGUAACCUCUCCAAGCUUCGACAGUCCCAAAUCAGGAUCAAAUGGAGAUCAUAGUCCUCAAGGAGAAAGUGACAAUGAAGACGACUUUGCCAUGCCAAUGAGAAAAGGUCCAAAAACAGAAAGGAGGACAGCUCACAACCUGAUCGAAAAGAAAUACAGAUGCUCCAUCAACGACCGUAUAACACACUUGAAGGACAUGUUGGCUCCUGAAGAAGCUAAAGUAAGCAUAUUUUAUUUUUUAAGAAUACCUUUUUUCAUUAACCGUUGGCCACUUGUCAAGUCAUCAACAAUUUUUACCCGAAAGCAACAGAUACGAUAUGAAAUACCUAGUACAAUAUCAGACACCAAUAUCAUUUAAUUAACUAUAAUAUAAUUUUCAGCUGAGCAAAUCCGCGACUCUUCGCAAAGCCAUCGAGCACAUCAACGCCCUCCGCCAACAGAAUCUGGAUCUGAUGCAGGAGAACGAACGUCUUCGCACCGCUCUUCAACAGAUCGGCGGAGACUUUGCUGCGCCAAUGAAAUACUCGCCUCAGAGGGAUGGGAAGAACAGUCAGGUCUGGUUACCACUCUAUGUUAAUGCCCUGAGGGGAGGUGUCGGUCUGGGUGCCAUUGUCGGUGAUAAUUAAUUCGGUUAUCUCUAUAUUACUUUACAUUUGUGACAUUAUUUUACUUUAAACCUAUUUAUCUUAUCAUCAUUCUAAACAAUUCUACGUCUAUGUUUUUACAUAUCUGACCUAUUAUAUGCAAUGACCUUCAAUCUUUCUAUAAUAUCAAAUAAUGUCCUACAAGACAUCCUACAACGUAAACUAACGAUCAUCCUUAACAUAUACAUAUUGACAUUGAAACAGAGCUAUAAAUAAAGACGGUGCAACAUAUCUUUUCCCUCUCAAAUGUUAUCUUUCACUGAUUGUAAGUCUUGAGCAAUAAACAGCGGCAAUAUAUUGUUAUAAAUAAAGUGAACCAAUACUUUGUACGGUAUCAGUAAGUGUGUAUCAUGAACAAUAAAUAAACUACAAUGUAAAAGAAAUUUUGAAACUAAACGACAUAGUGAUUUGAUAGAAAAGUAAAACCAAGUCAAUGAAAAGACAUAUUGUAGUAGGUAAAACGUGUUUUGGAAUAAUACACACUUACUAUAUUGUUGUAAAAUGUAAUUGUAAUGAAGCAACAGACCGACACUUCCCUAUUGCAAUCCUGAAAAGACCACAGUAAAUAAAAAUCCUUGAUAUAACUAUACUUAAUGAUAUGUAACUAUAUUUGAUGACAUUGUCAAUAAACUUGUGUUUUCAGAGCAAAGAACAGAAGAAGAAAGCCAUGAUGGAUCGUUCCCGGGUCAGCUUAUCAGUGUUUAUGUUGGUAUUCCUCACCUAUAACCCUCUAUCCAUGGUUAUGUCAACCACGGACGUGAGCCCACUACCCAACAUGACUGCCGUACAUCAUCGUACUCUGAACGACUACGACUACCAUAAACAACCGACCUCAACCUUCUGGGAACGAACGUUCACUCAACAUGCAAUAAUAUGGGCAGUAAACGCAGCCAUCGUAUGUGCAAUAUUGACAAAGUUGUUAGUGCAUGGAGAACCUGUAGUAGAUAGACUGUUACCUACAUGGAAGAUAUUCAUGAAGGCGAAACAACAAGCUCACGAUGCUGUAGCCGCGUGUAACAACAGAGAAGCACAGAGACAGCUGGUUGAUGCUCUACAUGUAAGUCUUUCUUGUUCGAUGAUAUAUAUUUCUUAAAAUGAUUUUUUUGAACGGGCAGUACAUUUAUUGUGAAUAACACAAUAAAUGCAAAAAUAUUAAAGACAACUUAAAUAAACUUUUCAGCUACUGGGAAGAGACAUACCAUCAGCUGGUGGACUAGAAGAGUGGAUUUCAUUGUUUUGGCAAUUGAUAAGACAUGGUCUGAAUGGGAUAUGGGUAGGAAGAUGGUUCUCAAGAAGGCGAAGAUCAAAGACGAUGCCACCAACAGCUGUAUGCAAAUCACACGCCACUACUGCUUUGGUAUAUCAUCAGUUAAACCAAGUAAGAUUUAUCUUAAACAUUCAAUUUUAUAUCAGAACCAAAAAUAUUAUUCUACCUAUCCUUACGUUUUUGCAACAAACCAUGUUACCACGUUAUUAACAAAAAUAUUAUUACCUUCAGCUCCAUCUCAUUGGAAUAGACAACGGAGAAAAUGGAAAACUCUCUGGCCUAAUCCUUGCGCUAACAGCCGUGAAUCUGGCAGAAUCGGCUGGAAUCGCUUCAGAUGGUGUUUCUCAUCGUCAACGUGCCGAUAUCUACAUUCACGCUGCACUCCGUGCCAAAGUAUCGUUACCUAGGUGGUUGAGUCGCCUCUGGCUUUCGUAUUUUAUGCGACGAGCUCGUAGACAUGUUCGUAAAAGCAACACAGUAGAUAACAUUGAGAUGAAGUCUUAUCAAUGGAUAUUCCAUCCUUUGGCAAAGACUUUCUUGUCGGAUCCAGCAGCCAUGAAGGAGAUUCUGGAGAACAGUCGACAAUCUAUUCAUUACCCCUUCUCAAGCAUUCAAUCUUCACGUGAGUUUCGAACUGUCAAUGAUAAGAAAGCCCAAUUUGUUUAUAAUAUUGUUAUAAAAAGUAAAUUUUUGAAAGAAAUGCUAAAAUAUCGGAAAGUCCUGCUAAUUUUAUAAACAAGGUUCACGUGAAUAAGAGCUAAAUCUGUUUUUGAAUAUUAACCAUCCAUAGAUCUGCACAUAAGUUCUUAAACUUAAAUCUACAUCAAUAUACCAAUGUUAACAUUCACCAAUCUGCCUGUAAAACUAGUGCAAAACAAUUAAUUUUAGCCAAACCAAUCGAACGUCUCACAAGUGCCUUCAAGAUGCAUUUACUAGCUCUUUUAGUCAACCAACUCAAUUCAGCAAGUGGAGAAAUCACUUUGACAGACUUUGUUGAGGUAUCUCACUUACUAUUGAGUAUAUCUACAGCGGACAACCUUGAUCGAACCUCAGAGAGUUCAGGUGAAGAAAACAUGAACAACAACGGUAUGUUAUGACGUACAAUAAAACUAUUUUUGCUUUGAUAAGAUACUGAUUUCAACGAAUAAUGUGGAGAAAUUCCAUGUCAAUAUAAAUGGUUUUUUCUAUAUUGACAUGGAAUUCAGGGUUACAAAAUUAGACAGUUUCGUGGAAAACACGUUUUGAUUAUCAGUACUCAGAAAUCAAGACCAAUAAAGUUUAUGUUAUCAUAGAUUUUCCAAUUAGGAACGUCUUAAUGAUAAAAAACAUAAAACAAAUAAUAGCAAAAUUGGGAAAAUUAACUGUAAAAAUUCAAAAAGUGUAAAUAAAAAAUUGAAACGAAAAAAAAAUCAUUUUUCUUAUAAAAAAUUCGAAUAUUUCGUGAUAAAAAUCGCCAUAUCACGAUUAAAUUGGUCCUGGCACGGAAAAUUCCUUGAUAAAAAGAUCUUUGGCAUCAUGUUUUUUGCAAUUCUUAUUGAAAAAAAUAACAGAUCUAUGUCUAGAUACUGUUUCUACAAUAUAUUUACUGACAAUAUACCUGGUUUGAAUUUAUGAUUUUGUGAUCUUUUCAGUCAGAAGAUCAAGUAUAGAUUGGGAGAAGGUGCCAUUGAACAAAGGGGACCCCUUGAUUGUCUGGUGGACUCAUUUGGUCAGUUGUGGAUUAUAUUGGCGGCAUGGGGACUAUGGCCGAGCUCAAACCCACUUUACACUCAUUAGGAAAUGUCCUCCACAGUUGUUACAGUGGUAUGUUGAUAUUUAUCUUUGUUUUAGGUUAUAACGAAUAAUAUUGACGUUAUUUUAACGUAAUAUCAUUAAUAUUACUUUAAUUCUCAAUAGUUUUUGUUGAACUUUAAUAAUACAGAGCUCUAUAACUAUAAUUUUAGCUUAUGUUUAUUGGUUUUAUAGUUAACUUAAGUUAUAUUGUUUUAGUGAGCUUGCUCUUGGGGUUGGAAUGGCAUUUUGUGCCCGGAAGAUAUGUAUAAAUGAUAGACAUAAGAAUAACUUUUCUGACAUGGUAUGGCUACACGUGAGGAAGUCGUACGAACACAUGCACAAGGAUGAUACGCCUAACAUACGAUCGUCUUCUAACAUGGUUAUCGCAUUGAAUGUAAGUUUCUUAUUAUUGUUUUUUGAAUUUUCAGGUAGAUCUUGAAGUAAUUUUGGUUUUUUAUGGAAUAUCAUUGAAUAAAUGCAUUAAUUUGUACAAAACUUUGUGUUAUAGUAGAACUUAUAGACUUCAUUGUGUUUUCGCUUUAAAAAAGGUAAAUAUUUACUUUAUACUUUUAUUUCAGCAACUAUUUCACUGUCUAACAUACGAAUGGUGUCUUACUAGCCUAAUAGAUGUAUGGCACGUCAACUUAAAGACAGAGAAGCCAUUUUGGGAUCAACAUGCUCCAAACCAGCUUCGUCAACUGUACCAGGAUUUGCUAUUGGCUUACAAGACGUUUGGUCGAAAGAGUUCUUACCGUUUAAAGUUUUUGGUUUUCAAAAUAAUUGGCAGAUUUUUAUGUGGAGCAAAUCCUUUGACAACGUGGAGACUUCUGACCAAACAUUGUAGGUUUCUGGUACUUCAAGAUGUCGACAAUCUGUCAUUUGACAUGAAUGUUCAGGUCCAAGUGGUGAAGAGGCUUAGGAAUGACAUAAGGAACAUUUGCAAUGCUAAAAGUUUUUAA